AUGUCCGAUGUAUCUGACAUCCUCCCGUCCGUAGGGAGUCCCGCAGGCAUACGUCGUCGUCCUUCCACUGUCAUUCGUGUCAAUGAUGAGCGUUUCAAUAUUCAAUCGGCACAGCGCAGAAUUGUCCUUCGCCAGCUCAAAAAAGCUCUGCUAGGACAAGAAGUGCCCGCCCCAUUGUGGGCCGUUCUCCAGUUAUGCGACCUCGAGAAAAUCGAGUACCUUGUAAAGCUUGCACAUUUGUCGCUAAAGAUCAUGGAUCCCAUCGCUGACAUCACGUGCACUCUUCCCUUCAAGUGGACAAAAAAAGCGCCUGGCAUCCAAAAUGGUUCACUCUCCUCAGGCGGCUCUUCCUUGAACAGGCGACGAGGUGCUUCCCCGAUUUCAAGAUAUGCUGCCAGAGAACGAGAUGGAUACAAAUGUGUUAUCACAGGCACCCGCAAAGUUUACGAGACUGCCCAGAUACUCCCGGUAACCACAGACACUUCUCGCUUGCAAGACGACCCGGAUAUGCCCAGCAUCUGGAGGUUCGUGGACGUGUUUUGGGGACCGAAAACAGCUGAACGAUGGCGAAAGGCUGCCUUCAAUAAUCCAGCCGAUCCUAAUCUUGCUGUCAAUGAUUGUUCAAAUCUGAUCUGUCUUCGGAGAGACCUUCGAUCUGCGUGGUCAAAUGGUCUGUUUGCCUUACGCCCUGCCUGGGUUGCAGAUGACCAAACCGAAAUGGAACUCGAGUUUUACUGGCAGCCAAGGGCAUCGCACAAGGUAUUUGACAUGGUUGAUCUAGCGAAAGAACCCCAGUCUACCAAAAAUGUCAACACGGUGGAUCGACUGAUUGUGGUGGUAGGAGAGCGAGGCGACCCUACAUAUCGGCCCAUUGAGUCUGGCUUCCGCUUUAAACUGACAACUGAUGACCCCGUCGUUCGCCCGCUUCCGAGUUUUGACUUGUUAGACAUGCAGUGGCAUUUCGCUCGACUGGUCGCCUUGUCCGCUGCGGCCAAUCUCUUCGAUGACAACGAGGAGGAAGCAGAAGUGUCCGAUGAUAAAAAAACCAAGCUUAGCCUCACCAAACAACCUGUUUUCACACCAGAUGAUGAUAUAUUAGCUUGGGUUCACUCAUCCUUUUCUACUGAUCCAUCCCUUGACGAAAGCUCCAAUGAAUUGAUGAUCGGCCCUCUGCCAGGGUCUGAGGCCGAUCGGUCGCGCAGUGUUAGCAAGGGCUCCAAGUGUUCACCCUACUCAUCAGGCCCGGUAGGCUCAGAGGAAUCCGAUAGCGUGAUUGAUGUGAUUACCGGGACUGGUCAAUUAUCAAUUGACUUCCUAGGCAGAGAUUGA